AUGGAGGUGGCAAUACAACCACGGUCGGUGGAGAAUGUAGUAUCACGUGGGAAAGUUUGCAUUAUAGCGAAAUUGCUUUCAGAGCGCUAUGUGGGAAAAGAGAUUAUACGACGGCAGUUGAUUAAGGGAUGGCGUCCAACAGGACACCUUUCCUUCAAGGUGAUAGGAGAGAAUUUGUUCUUGGUGGAAUUUGAGAAGGAGUGGGACAAAGUAAGGGUCUUGGAAGGGCGGCCAUGGAUCUUCGAAGGAAUUCUGUUUUCCGUCGAAGAUUUCGAUGGUUUAUCUUCACCAUCUGACAUCGUAUUUGAUCAGGCGGUUUUCUGGGUUAGAAUGUUCAACCUUCCAUUGGCGUGCAUGGGAAAGGAGGUGGGUUUUCAAAUCGGAGCCACGAUGGGUACGGUGGAGGAAGUAGAUACUGAUGAGGAUGGAGUGGGGUGGGGGGAAUACUUAAGAGUUCGAAUCAGAAUUGAUGUCAAGAAACCUCUUGCUCGCGGCCGAGUCAUCAAUCUCCUCGGCAAACAAGUUCUUAUUGGCUUUCGUUAUGAGAAGCUGCCUAAGUAUUGUUUUGAUUGUGGGAAAAUCUGGCAUGGACGAGAAGGAUGUACGAUUAGAGGAGGUUAUCGAGUUAAGGAGUCGGAAAAACAAUAUGGUCCUUGGCUCCGAGUACCCUCACUAAGACGGCAGAAAGAAUACCAACAAUCACACCAUUCGGCGUGGCAUGAUGAAGAGUUAGGGGGGGUCAAAAAGUUUCUGGAGGGAGAAGUGCUUGCACGAGCAGUAGCCAGUUUUCAGACGGAAGUGGUGAAGCGCCGUCGUCUAAGGCGGAAGAUACAGGCGAUCAGGAUUUUCCGAUAA